CCUGCCGCCGCCUCCACAACUCUCCGUCCAGCUGUCUUAACCACGGGUAACCAUGGCUGAAGGGGGAGAAGGCGAAGAUGAAAUCCAGUUCUUACGAACUGAUGACGAGGUGGUGCUGCAGUGUUCCGCCACCAUCCACAAGGAGCAGCAGAAGCUGUGUCUGGCAGCCGAGGGCUUUGGAAACAGACUCUGCUUCCUGGAGUCUACCUCAAACUCCAAGAAUGUUCCGCCGGACCUGUCCAUCUGUACCUUUGUGCUGGAGCAGUCUCUGUCGGUCCGGGCCCUGCAGGAGAUGCUUGCCAACACCGAGGAGAAAGCUGAAGGGAAGUUCAUGAUGAAGACAGCCCAGGGAGGGGGCCACCGCACCCUGCUCUACGGCCACGCCGUGCUGCUGAGACACUCCUACAGUGGGAUGUACCUCUGUUGUUUGUCCACCUCGCGGUCUUCGACAGAUAAACUGGCAUUUGAUGUUGGACUGCAAGAAGAUACAACAGGCGAGGCCUGCUGGUGGACCAUCCAUCCUGCUUCCAAGCAGAGGUCAGAGGGUGAGAAGGUGAGGGUUGGGGACGACCUCAUCUUGGUCAGCGUCUCCUCGGAGCGGUACCUGCAUUUAUCAUAUGGGAACGGGAGCCUGCACGUGGAUGCUGCCUUCCAGCAGACCCUCUGGAGCGUGGCGCCGAUCUGCUCCGGGAGUGAAGUGGCGCAAGGGUACCUGAUUGGCGGGGACGUCCUGAGGCUGCUUCACGGUCACAUGGACGAGUGUCUGACCGUCCCAUCCGGGGAGCACGGGGAGGAGCAGCGCAGGACAGUGCACUACGAGGGGGGAGCCGUGUCCAUCCACGCCCGCUCCCUCUGGAGGCUGGAGACGCUGCGAGUUGCGUGGAGUGGUAGCCACACCCGCUGGGGACAGCCCUUCCGGCUGAGGCAUGUCACCACGGGGAAGUACCUCAGCCUCAUGGACGACAAGGGCCUGCUGCUGAUGGACAAGGAGAAAGCCGACGUCAAGUCCACUGCCUUCUGCUUCCGCUCGUCAAAGGAAAAGCUGGACGUAGGGGUGAGGAAGGAGGUUGAUGGCAUGGGAGUCCCAGACAUCAAGUACGGCGACUCGGUGUGCUACAUCCAGCACGUGGACACCUGCCUGUGGCUAACGUACCAGUCUGUGGACGCCAAGUGUGCACGAAUGGGUGGUGUGCAGCGCAAGGCCAUCAUGCACCACGAGGGACACAUGGAUGAUGGGCUGACACUGUCCCGCUCGCAGCACGAGGAGUCCCGCACCGCCAGGGUCAUCCGCAGCACUGUCUUCCUCUUCAACCGCUUCAUCAGGGGACUGGAUGCCCUGAGCAAAAAAGGGAAGACCUCAACGCUAGAUCUGCCAAUCGAGUCGGUCAGCCUGAGCCUCCAGGAUCUGAUUGGCUACUUCCAGCCGCCUGACGAGCACCUGGAGCACGAGGACAAGCAGAACAGGCUUCGGGCGUUGAAGAACAGACAGAAUCUCUUCCAGGAAGAGGGCAUGAUUAACUUGGUCCUGGAGUGUAUCGACCGCCUACACGUGUACAGCAGCGCAGCGCAUUUCGCUGAUGUGGCCGGGAAGGAAGCCGGAGAGGCCUGGAAGUCUAUACUAAACUCAUUAUACGAGCUACUGGCGGCUCUGAUAAGAGGAAACAGGAAGAACUGUGCUCAGUUUUCCGGCUCCCUGGAUUGGCUGAUCAGCAGGCUGGAGAGACUGGAGGCCUCCUCUGGAAUUCUGGAGGUUUUGCAUUGUGUGCUUGUGGAAAGCCCAGAGGCCCUCAACAUCAUCAAAGAAGGCCACAUCAAAUCCAUUAUUUCCCUCCUGGACAAACAUGGCCGGAAUCACAAGGUGCUGGACGUGCUGUGCUCCCUGUGCGUGUGUCACGGCGUGGCGGUGCGCUCUAACCAGCACCUCAUCUGUGACAACUUACUGCCGGGACGAGAUCUGCUCCUCCAGACACGCCUGGUCAAUCACGUCAGCAGCAUGCGGCCGAACAUCUUCCUGGGCAUCAGCGAGGGCUCGGCCCAGUACAAGAAGUGGUACUACGAGCUGAUCGUGGACCGGGUGGAGCCCUUUGUCACGGCGGAGGCCACCCACCUGCGUGUGGGCUGGGCCACCACCGAUGGCUACUCACCCUACCCCGGGGGAGGGGAGGGCUGGGGGGGCAACGGAGUCGGGGACGAUCUGUACUCCUACGGCUUCGACGGGCUUCACCUGUGGUCAGGCUGCAUCGCCCGCACAGUGAGCUCACCCAACCAGCACCUCCUCCGUGCCGACGACGUGGUCAGCUGCUGCCUGGACCUCAGCGCCCCCAGCAUCUCUUUCCGCAUCAACGGCCAGCCCGUCCAGGGGAUGUUCGAGAACUUCAACUCCGACGGGCUCUUCUUCCCUGUCACCAGCUUCUCGGCAGGGGUGAAAGUGCGCUUCCUGUUGGGUGGGCGGCACGGAGAGUUUAAGUUCCUCCCGCCCCCCGGAUACGCUCCGUGUUUCGAGGCGCUACUGCCCCGAGAGAAGAUGAGGGUGGAGCACAGCCAAGAGUACAAGCAGGACCACGGCGGCAUGCGCGACCUGCUGGGCCCCACUGUGACCCUCACGCAAGCGGCCUUCACCCCAAUGCCUGUAGACACCAGCCAGAUCGUUCUGCCGCCGCACUUGGAGCGGAUCCGGGAGAAGCUGGCGGAGAACAUCCACGAGCUCUGGGUUAUGAACAAGAUCGAGCUAGGCUGGACAUAUGGAACUGUGCGAGACGACAACAAGAGGCAACAUCCCUGCCUGGUCGAGUUCUCCAAACUUCCGGAGCAAGAGCGCAGCUACAAUCUGCAGAUGUCCCUGGAGACGCUGAAGACUCUUCUCGCCCUGGGCUGCCACGUGGGUGUGGCUGACGAACACGCUGAGGAGAAAGUAAAAAACCUGAAGCUGUCCACUAAUUACGAGCUGUCAAGUGGAUACAAGCCUGCUCCCAUGGACCUGAGCCAUAUCAAGCUGGCGUCCACCCAGGAAGCCAUGGUGGACAAGCUGGCGGAGAAUGCUCACAACGUGUGGGCCAGAGACAGAAUCAGGCAGGGCUGGACCUACGGCAUCCAGCAGGAUGUGAAAAACAGACGAAACCCUCGGCUUGUCCCGUACGCCCUGCUGGACGAGAGGACCAAAAAGUCCAACAAGGACAGCCUAAGAGAGGCGGUCCGCACCCUCCUGGGGUACGGCUACAAUCUGGAGGCCCCCGACCAGGACCAUGCCGCGAGGUCCGACAUCAGCAACCUGCUGGCCGAGAGGUUCCGCAUCUUCCGGGCGGAGAAGACGUACAGUGUGAACGCUGGAAAGUGGUACUUCGAGUUCGAGGUGGUGACAGCGGGAGAGAUGAGGGUUGGCUGGGCCCGGCCCGGCUGCUUGCCUGACCAGGAGCUGGGGUCCGACGAGCAAGCCUUUGUUUUCGACGGCUUCAAGGCGCAGCGCUGGCACCAGGGGAACGAGCACUUCGGCCGGUCCUGGCAGCCAGGCGACGUGGUGGGCUGCAUGGUGGACAUGAACGAGCACACCAUGAUGUUCACUCUCAACGGAGAGGUGCUGCUCGACGACUCGGGGUCUGAGCUGGCCUUCAAGGACUUCGAGGUGUGGGAAGGAUUCAUUCCCGUCUGCAGCCUGGGCAUCAGUCAGGUGGGCCGGAUGAACUUCGGGAAGGACGUCAGCACCCUCAAGUACUUCACGAUCUGCGGCCUGCAGGAAGGGUACGAGCCCUUCGCUGUCAACAUGAACCGCGACCUGACCAUGUGGCUGAGCAAGAGGCUGCCCCAGUUUAUCCCCGUCCCGCACAACCACGAGCACAUCGAGGUUACGAGAAUCGACGGGACCAUCGACAGCUCACCCUGCCUGAAGGUCACACACAGGUCAUUUGGCUCUCAGAACAGCAACACCGACAUCGUGUUCUACCGCCUGAGCAUGCCUGUCGAGUGCGCUGAGGGCUUCUCCAAGUCCCCGGGGGGCACCCUGCCGUCCAACGGCAGCUUCUUCUCGCCGAAGAAGGAGCUGGAGGACUUUGAGACUGUCUCGGACUUCGAGGUCCUCAUGAAGACGGCUCAUGGGCACUUGGGGUCCAACGGGCCGGAGAAGGACAAAGAUGAAUUCAACAACCACAAGGACUACAACCAAGAGAAACCCUCCAAGCUCAAGCAAAGGUUCAUGCUGAAGAGGACCAAGCCGGACUUCAACACCAGCCACUCGUCUGCUCGCCUGUCAGAGGAGGUGCUGGCUGAUGAGAGGGACGACUACGAGUACCUGAUGCAGACCUCCACGUACUAUUACUCGGUGAGGAUCUUCCCUGGUCAGGAGCCCUCUAGUGUGUGGGUGGGUUGGGUGACCUCCGAUUUCCACCAGUAUGACACGGCCUUCGAGCUGGACAAGGUCCGCACGGUGACCGUCACGCUGGGGGACGAGAAGGGCAAGGUCCAUGAGAGCAUCAAGCGCAGCAACUGCUACAUGGUGUGGGCAGGAGAGAGCACCAGCCCGGGCCAAGGCCGAAACAACAACGGCCUGGAGAUUGGCUGUCUGGUGGACACUGCCAACGGGCUGCUGACCUUCACUGCCAAUGGGAAGGAGCUCAGCACGUACUACCAGGUCGAGCCCAGCACCAAGCUGUUCCCCGCUGUGUUCGCUCAGGCCACCAGCCCCAACGUGUUUCAGUUCGAACUGGGACGCAUAAAGAACGUCAUGCCCCUGUCGGCGGGGCUGUUCAAAAGCGAGCGGAAGAACCCCAUGCCUCAGUGCCCGCCCCGGCUGCACGUCCAGUGCCUGACACCGGUGCUGUGGAGCCGCGUGCCCAACCACUUCCCCAAGGUGGAGACGUCCCGCGUGAACGAACGCCACGGCUGGGUGGUGCAGUGCUGCGAGCCCCUGCAGUUCAUGUCCCUGCACAUCCCGGAGGAGAACAGGUCCGUGGACAUCCUGGAGCUGACCGAGCAGAAGGACCUGCUGAAGUUCCACUACCACACCCUGCGGCUCUACUCGGCCGUGUGCGCGCUGGGCAACAACCGGGUGGCGCACGCCCUCUGCAGCCACGUGGAUGAGGCCCAGCUGCUCUACGCCAUCGAGAACAAGUACAUGCCGGGCCUGCUGCGGACGGGCUACUACGACCUGCUCAUCGACAUCCACCUGAGCACCUACGCCACCGCCCGCCUCAUGAUGAACAACGAGUACAUUGUGCCCAUGACGGAGGAGACCAAGAGCAUCACGCUCUUCCCGGACGAGAAGAAGAAACACGGGCUCCCGGGCAUCGGCCUCAGCACCUCUCUCCGUCCCAGGAUGCACUUCUCCUCGCCCAGCUUCGUCAGCGUCAGCGGCGACUUCUUCCAGUACAGCCCCGAGUUUCCGCUGGAGAUCCUGAAGACCAAGACCAUCGAGAUGCUGACGGAGGCCGUGCGGGAGGGCAGCCUGCACGUGCGCGACCCGAUAGGGGGCAGCACCGAGUUCCUCUUCGUGCCGCUCAUCAAGCUCUUCUACACGCUGCUCAUCAUGGGCGUCUUCCACAACGGCGACCUCAAGAACAUCCUGCAGCUCAUCGAGCCCAGCGUCUUCUCCGAGGACUCGGGCCACGAGGGUGUCGGCACGCCCGAUGGCGACGGCUUCAAGGGCGAGUUCCGGAUAGAGGGAGCAGGGGGAGAGGACAGCAGGAGGGCGGGAAACGUCCCCAAAGAGGGCCUGCUCCAGAUGAAGCUCCCGGAGCCGGUCAAGCUGCAAAUGUGCCACCUGCUCCAGUACCUGUGCGACUGCCAGGUGAGGCACCGGAUCGAGGCGGUGGUGGCCUUCUCCGAUGACUUUGUGGCCAACCUCCAGGAGAACCAGCGCUUCCGCUACAACGAGGUGAUGCAGGCCCUCAACAUGUCCGCCGCCCUAACCGCCAAGAAGACCAAAGAGUUUCGAUCGCCGCCUCAGGAGCAGAUCAACAUGCUGCUGAACUUUAAGGAUGAAAAGCAGGACUGCCCGUGCCCAGACAACAUCAGAGAACAGCUGCUGGACUUCCACGAGGACUUAAUGGCCCACUGUGGGAUCGAGAUGGAUGAUGACAAGGCAAAUGAGGCGGAUGGGGAUUUCACCAUCCGAGGCCGCCUCCUGUUGCUGGUGGAGAAAGUGGCCUACUUGAAGAAGAAGAUGGUGGACUUGCCAAAGAAAAAAAAAUCAAAGAAGCCCAGCACUCUGCAGCAGCUGAUCUCGGAGACCAUGGUCCGCUGGGCCCAGGAGUCCGUGAUCGAGGACCCGGAGCUGGUGCGGGCCAUGUUCGUGCUCCUGCACCGGCAGUAUGAUGGCAUCGGGGGCCAGGUGCGCGCCCUGCCCAAGACCUACACCAUCAACGCGGUGUCGGUGGAGGACACCAUCAACCUGCUGGCGUCGCUGGGCCAGAUCCGCUCCCUGCUGAGCGUGCGCAUGGGCCGCGAGGAGGAGAAGCUGAUGAUCCGGGGCCUGGGAGACAUCAUGAACAACAAAGUUUUCUACCAGCACCCAAACUUGAUGAGGGCGCUGGGUAUGCAUGAGACUGUCAUGGAGGUGAUGGUGAAUGUGCUGGGAGGAGGAGAGUCCAAGGAAAUCACAUUUCCUAAGAUGGUGGCCAACUGCUGUCGUUUUCUUUGCUACUUCUGUCGAAUCAGUAGACAAAACCAAAAAGCCAUGUUCGACCAUCUCAGUUACUUGCUGGAAAACAGCAGUGUUGGACUCGCGUCCCCUUCCAUGCGGGGUUCCACUCCCCUAGAUGUGGCUGCUGCCUCUGUGAUGGAUAACAAUGAGCUGGCGUUGGCCCUCCGGGAGCCGGACCUGGAGAAAGUGGUGCAGUACCUGGCUGGCUGCGGCCUGCAGAGCUGCACCAUGCUGGUGUCUAAGGGCUACCCCGACAUCGGCUGGAACCCCGUCGAGGGGGAGCGCUACCUGGACUUCCUUCGCUUCGCUGUGUUCUGCAACGGUGAAAGCGUGGAGGAGAACGCCAACGUGGUGGUGAGGUUGCUGAUUCGCCGGCCAGAGUGCUUUGGCCCCGCCCUGAGAGGGGAAGGAGGGAACGGUCUAUUGGCCGCCAUGGAGGAUGCUAUCAAAAUCUCAGAGGACCCAAGCAGAGAUGGCCCCUCCCCCACCUCCGAGUCCAGCAGGACCCUCAGUGACAUGCUGGAGGAUGAGGAGGACGACACCAUCCACAUGGGCAAUGCUAUCAUGACCUUCUACGCGGCCCUCAUCGACCUGCUGGGGCGCUGUGCGCCGGAGAUGCACCUGAUCCACGCUGGGAAGGGCGAGGCGAUCCGGAUCAGGGCCAUCCUGCGCUCCCUCAUCCCCAUCGAGGACCUGGAGGGGGUGAUCAGCAUCCCCUUCCCCAUGCCCACUCUCGCCAAAGAUGGAACCGUGGUGGAGCCGGACAUGUCCGCGGGCUUCUGUCCGGACCACAAGGCCGCCAUGGUGCUGUUCCUGGACCGCGUGUACGGGAUCGAGGACCAGAACUUCCUGCUGCACCUCCUGGAAGUGGGGUUCCUUCCCGACCUCCGGGCAGCCGCCUCUCUGGACACGGCCGCCCUGAGUGCCACAGACAUGGCCCUGGCCCUGAACCGCUACCUGUGCACAGCCGUGCUGCCUCUGCUCACCAAGUGCGCCCCGCUGUUUGCUGGGACCGAGCCCUACGCCUCCCUCAUCGACUCCCUGCUGCACACCGUCUACCGCCUGUCCAAGGGCUGCUGCCUGACCAAGGCCCAGCGUGACGCCAUCGAGGAGUGCCUGCUGGCAGUCUGCGGUAAACUGAGACCCUCCAUGAUGCAGCACCUGCUCAGGAGGCUGGUGUUUGAUGUUCCUCUCCUCAAUGAGCACACCAAAAUGCCCCUCAAGCUGCUGACAAAUCACUACGAGCGCUGCUGGAAGUACUACUGCCUGUCCGGAGGCUGGGGGAGCUUCGGGGCCGCGUCCGACGAGGAGCUGCACCUGUCCAGGAAGCUCUUCUGGGGGAUAUUUGAUGCCCUUUCUCAGAAGAGGUAUGACCAGGAGCUCUUUAAGCUGGCCCUGCCCUGCCUGAGUGCUGUGGCAGGGGCACUGCCCCCGGACUACAUGGAGUCCAACUAUGUGGCCAUGAUGGAGAAGCAGUCGUCCAUGGACGCGGAGGGCAACUUCAACCCGCAGCCCGCGGACACCUCGAAUGUGACUGUCCCUGAGAAGCUGGAUUACUUCAUCAAUAAAUAUGCUGAGCAUUCUCACGAGAAGUGGUCCAUGGACAAGUUUGCCAACGGCUGGGUUCACGGGGACCAGCUGUGCGAAGCCUCCAAAGUGCAUCCCCUCCUCAAGCCUUACAAAAGCCUGUCUGAGAAGGACAAGGAGAUAUACCGCUGGCCCAUUAAGGAGUCCCUGAAGACCAUGCUGGCCUGGGGGUGGAGCAUCGAGAGGACGAGGGAGGGAGACACCCUGGGGCUGCACAACCGUGCCCGCCGAAUCUCCCAGUCCAGUCAGCUCUCCAUUGAAGGUGCCCACGGCUUCAGCCCAAGGCCUAUCGACAUGAGCAAUGUGACCCUGUCCCGGGACCUGCACUCCAUGGCAGAGCUGCUUGCAGAGAACUAUCAUAACAUUUGGGCAAAGAAGAAAAAGCUGGAACUUGAAGCCAAAGGCGGAGGGAGUCAUCCUUUACUGGUGCCCUACGACACUCUUACUGCCAAAGAGAAAUCCAGAGACAGAGAAAAAGCACAAGAUAUCCUCAAGUUCUUUCAGAUCAACGGCUACACGGUCUCAAGGGCCAUGAAGGAGCAGGAGCUGGACACCCCCUCCAUAGAGAAGCGUUUUGCCUACACCUUCCUGCAGCAGCUCAUCACCUAUGUGGACGAGGCCCACGAGCACAUGAUGGAGUUUGAUGUGGGCACGCGUGGCAAAGGAGAGAAAAUUCCUCAUGAGCAGCAAAUGAAGUUUUUUGGGAAGGUGGUCCUGCCGUUGGUUGACCAGUACUUCAAGAAUCACCGCCUCUACUUCCUGUCCACUGCCAUCCGACCCCUCAGCAGCGGAGGCCACGCCUCCAACAAGGAGAAAGAGAUGAUCACCAGCCUGUUCUGCAAACUUGGAGUUCUUGUCAGGCAUAGGAUAUCACUGUUUGGAAAUGAUUCUACCUCAAUUGUGAACUGUCUUCAUAUCCUGGGACAGACUCUUGAUGCCAGGACCGUGAUGAAGACGGGCCUGGACUCGGUGAAGGCGGCGCUGCGGGCCUUCUUCGACAACGCCGCCGAGGACCUGGAGAAGACCAUGGAGAACCUGAAGCAGGGCCAGUUCACCCACACCAGGACCCAGCCCAAGGGCGUCACCCAGAUCAUCAACUACACCACGGUGGCGCUGCUGCCCGUCCUCUCCUCCCUCUUUGAGCACAUCGGCCAGAACUUGUUUGGGGAGGACCUCAUACUGGAUGACGUUCAAGUGUCCUGCUAUAGAAUCCUCAACAGCCUGUAUUCGCUUGGCACCAGCAAAAGCAUCUAUGUUGAAAGGCAGCGUCCAGCAUUGGGGGAAUGUCUGGCUGCAUUUUCCGGAGCUUUCCCCGUGUCCUUCCUAGAGCCCCAGCUGAACAAGUACAACACCUACUCCAUCUACAACACCAAAGGGUCUCGCGAGAGGGCAGCAAUGGGUCUGCCGGCCCAGGUUGAGGAGAUGUCCCCUCUCAUCCCCUCGCUGGAGAAGUCCCUGGAGGAGAUCAUGGAGCUGGCCGAGUCGGGCAUGCGCUACACCCAGAUGCCCCACGUGAUGGAGGUGGUGCUGCCCAUGCUUUGCAGCUACAUGUCGCACUGGUGGGAGCACGGCCCCGAGAACAACCCCGAGCGGGCCGACAAGUGCUGCACCUCCCUCACCUCCGACCACAUGAACACCCUGCUGGGCAACGUGCUCAAGAUCAUCUACAACAACCUGGGCAUCGACGAGGGCGCCUGGAUGAAACGGCUGGCAGUGUUCUCCCAGCCAAUCAUCAGCAAGGCCAAGCCCCAGCUGCUGAAGACCCACUUCUUGCCACUGAUGGAGAAGCUGAAAAAGAAGGCAGCGACCGUGCUGCUGGACGAGGAGCACAUGAAGGCAGAGGGCCGGGGCGAAAUGUCAGAGGCGGAGCUGCUCAUUCUGGAUGAGUUCACCAUCCUGGUGCGGGACCUGUACGCCUUCUACCCGCUACUCAUUCGAUUCGUCGACUACAACAGGGCAAAGUGGCUGAAAGAGCCGAACCCAGAAGCAGAGGAGCUGUUCCGCAUGGUGGCUGAAGUUUUCAUAUUCUGGGCCAAAUCUCAUAAUUUCAAACGGGAGGAGCAGAACUUUGUGGUCCAGAAUGAGAUCAACAACAUGUCCUUCUUGAUCACCGACACCAAGUCCAAAAUGUCGAAGGGAGCCAUGUCUGACCAGGAGAGGAAGAAGAUGAAGAGGAAGGGUGACCGCUACUCCAUGCAGACCUCUCUCAUCGUGGCAGCGCUGAAGAGGCUGCUUCCUGUCGGCCUGAACAUCUGUGCGCCCGGAGACCAAGAGCUGAUCGCUCUGGCGAAAAACCGCUUCACCCAGAAAGACACGGAGGACGAGGUUCGAGAGAUCAUCCGAAAUAACCUUCACCUGCAGGGCAAGUACCGGGUCUUUCAUUUCAAGAGGCUGGUAAAGAAACUGAUCAUUGUGAUGAAGUGGAGGAAGACCCGGCAGGCCAAGCCCCCGGGCCUGGAGCUGGCGAGCCACAAGCGCGCGACCAUGCGUAAGCGAUCCACCACCCUGGACUCCUCCCACCGGGUGCAGAGGAUGCCCCUGUCCGCCAUAAAAAAGUCCUCCUCCGUGGACCUCAUUGGGAAGCAGGGCAAGGCCCCCGUGCGCUCCUCCGACGCCGCGGUGGUGGCCAAGCUGAAGGAGGGCCAGCAGGCUCUGCAGAACAUGUUUGGGUCUAACACAGUGCUGCUGGAGGACCCUGCCAUUCGGUGGCAGAUGGCCCUGUACAAAGACCUGCCCAACAGGAGCGAGGACACCUCCGACCCCGAGAAGACUGUGGAGAGGGUUUUGGACAUCGCCCAUGUGCUCUUCCACCUGGACCAGGUUGAACACCCCCAGAGGAGUAAGAAGGCCGUGUGGCACAAACUCCUCUCCAAGCAGAGGAAGCGAGCUGUGGUCGCCUGUUUCAGAAUGGCUCCUCUCUAUAACCUGCCCAGGCACCGGGCUGUCAACCUCUUCCUGCAGGGAUACGAGAAGUCUUGGAUUGAAACAGAGGAGCACUACUUUGAAGAUAAGCUAAUAGAGGAUCUGGCUAAACCCGGAGGGGAGGAGCCAUCAGAGGAGGAUGAGGGGUCCAAGCGGAUCGAUCCUCUUCAUCAGCUGAUCCAGCUCUUCAGCAGAACUGCCCUGACAGAGAAGUGUAAGCUGGAAGAAGACAACCUGUAUAUGGCCUAUGCUGACAUCAUGGCAAAGAGCUGCCAUGACGAAGAGGACGAGGAUGAGGACGGCGAAGAGGUGAAAAGCUUUGAAGAAAAGGAAAUGGAGAAGCAGAAGCUGCUGUACCAGCAGGCCCGGCUCCAUGAUCGGGGGGCCGCUGAAAUGGUCCUACAGACCAUCAGCGCCAGCAAAGGUGAAAUGGGACCGAUGGUGGCAUCAACACUGAAGCUGGGUAUCGCUGUACUGAACGGAGGAAAUUCAACCGUGCAGCAGAAAAUGCUGGAUUAUCUAAAGGACAAGAAGGACGUGGGCUUCUUCCAGAGUCUGGCGGGGCUCAUGCUCUCCUGCAGCGUGCUUGACCUCAAUGCCUUUGAAAGGCAGAAUAAAGCCGAAGGACUGGGGAUGGUGACGGAGGAGGGCUCAGUCAUCACUCAUGAGCGUGGGGAGAAGGUGAUGCAGGACGAUGAGUUUACCUGUGACCUGUUCCGCUUCCUUCAGCUCCUGUGUGAAGGACACAACUCAGAUUUUCAGAAUUACCUGAGAACGCAGACCGGAAACAACACAACUGUCAACAUCAUCAUCUCAACAGUUGACUACCUUCUCCGUGUUCAGGAGUCAAUCAGCGAUUUCUACUGGUAUUACUCUGGAAAGGAUGUCAUUGAUGAGCAGGGACAGCGCAAUUUCUCCAAGGCGAUCAAUGUGGCCAAACAGGUCUUCAACACGCUCACGGAGUAUAUACAGGGUCCAUGCACUGGAAACCAGCAGAGCCUGGCUCACAGCCGGCUGUGGGAUGCAGUAGUUGGGUUCCUCCACGUCUUCGCACAUAUGCAAAUGAAGCUGUCACAGGACUCUAGCCAGAUUGACUUGUUGAAAGAGUUAAUGGAUCUCCAGAAGGACAUGGUUGUAAUGUUGUUAUCCAUGCUGGAAGGAAAUGUGGUUAAUGGAACCAUUGGCAAACAGAUGGUUGACAUGUUGGUGGAGUCCUCGAACAACGUGGAGAUGAUCCUCAAGUUCUUCGACAUGUUCCUCAAGCUCAAGGACUUGACGUCGUCAGACGCCUUCAAGGAGUAUGACCCUGACGGGAAAGGGGUGAUCUCCAAGAGGGAUUUCCACAAAGCCAUGGAGAGCCACAAACAUUACACUCAGUCGGAGACCGAGUUCCUGCUCUCCUGCGCCGAGACGGACGAAAACGAGCUCCUGGACUACGAGGAGUUUGUGGAGAGGUUCCAUGAGCCGGCCAAGGACAUCGGCUUCAAUGUGGCCGUCCUGCUGACAAACCUGUCCGAGCACAUGCCGCACGACACGCGGCUGCAGACCUUUCUGGAGCUGGCGGAAAGUGUGCUUAACUACUUCCAGCCUUACUUGGGCCGCAUCGAAAUCAUGGGCAGUGCCAAGCGCAUCGAGCGCGUCUACUUUGAGAUCAGCGAGUCCAGCCGCACGCAGUGGGAGAAGCCGCAGGUGAAGGAGUCCAAGCGGCAGUUCAUCUUCGACGUGGUCAACGAGGGCGGCGAGAAGGAGAAGAUGGAGCUCUUCGUCAACUUCUGCGAGGACACCAUCUUCGAGAUGCAGCUGGCCGCCCAGAUGUCGGAUAUCGGCGAGCGCUCGGCCAGCAAGGAGGAGAGUGAGAAGGAGAAGCCGGAGGAGGAGAGCCCGGAGAUGGGCUUCUUCUCUGUGACCACGGUGCGGACGGCGCUCCUGGCGCUCCGCUACAACGUGAUGAUACUGAUGAAGGUGCUCUCCAUGAAAAGCCUUAAGAAGCAGAUGAAGCGGAUGAAGAAGAUGACGGUGAAGGACAUGGUGAUGACGCUGGUCUCCUUCUACUGGAGCCUGGUCAUGGGCCUCCUGCACUUCGCCUUCAGCGUCUCGCGCGGCUUCUUCCGCAUCGUCUGCAGCACCUUCGUAGGUGGCAGCCUGGUGGAGGGGGCCAAGGCCAUGAAGGUGGCCGACCUGCUGGCCAACAUGCCCGACCCCACGCAGGACGAGGUCCGAGGGGAGGGCGACGAGGGCGAGAAGAGGCACGCCGACAAGUCCUCGGCCGAGGAGGACCUGGCUGACCUGGCAGUUGCCGCCGAUGACACAGACCUCCUCUCGGACAUUUUCGGGCUGGACCUGAGGAGAGAAGGAGGGCAGUACAAGCUGAUGCCUCACAACCCCAACGCCAGCCUGACGGACUUGCUCAAUGCGCCCGCGCCCCCGGCUCCCUCGCCCUCACCCGAGCUCCGGAGACGGCAUCAGGGGAAGGGGUCCACUGAGGAAAUCCAAGAAGGGAAAGAAGAAAGCCAAUCUGAACCAGAGAAGGCAGAGGGAGAGAACGGCGAAAAAGAUGGCAAGCCGAAAGACGGCAAGCCGAAACGUAGAGUCAGGCAGCACCACACCUCCAAGUCUGAAGAGCCCGAGCUGCAGGAGUCUGCAUUCUGGAAGAAAAUCAUUGCUUAUCAGAGGAAGCUGCUUAAUUAUUUUGCUCGGAAUUUCUACAACAUGAGAAUGCUGGCCUUGUUUGUUGCCUUUGCAAUCAACUUCAUCCUGCUUUUCUACAAGGUGUCCACGUCGUCGGCAGUGAUGGAGGAGAAGGGGGUGGUGUUCGGCGGAUCCACGGACCCCAGCGUGAGGUGGAGCCCCGUGGACAGCAUGCCGCACCGCCCCGUCACCGUGCACUUCGUCCUGGAGGAGAGCAGUGGGUACAUGGAGCCCACUCUCCGCAUCCUGGCCAUCUUGCACACUGUCAUAUCCUUCUUCUGCAUCAUCGGCUACUACUGCUUGAAGGUUCCCUUGGUGAUAUUCAAACGAGAGAAGGAGGUGGCCAGGAAGCUGGAGUUUGACGGGCUCUACAUAACGGAGCAGCCUUCAGAAGAUGACAUUAAAGGGCAGUGGGACAGGCUCGUAAUUAACACGCAGUCAUUCCCAAAUAAUUACUGGGAUAAAUUUGUGAAAAGGAAGGUGAUGGACAAGUACGGGGAGUUCUAUGGACACGACCGCAUCAGUGAACUGCUGGGAAUGGACAAGGCUGCCCUAGACUUCAGCGACGCCCACGAGAAGAAAAAGCCUAAGAAAGACAGCUCAUUAGCGGCUGUGCUGAACUCAAUUGACGUCAAGUACCAGAUCUGGAAAUUAGGAGUGGUCUUUACAGACAAUUCCUUCCUCUACCUGGCCUGGUACAUGACCAUGUCCAUCCUGGGACACUACAACAACUUUUUCUUCGCCGCCCACCUGCUGGACAUCGCCAUGGGCUUCAAGACGCUGCGCACCAUCCUCUCCUCUGUCACACACAAUGGCAAGCAGCUCGUUCUGACGGUGGGCCUGCUGGCUGUAGUGGUGUACCUGUACACUGUGGUGGCCUUCAACUUCUUCCGCAAGUUCUACAACAAGAGCGAGGAUGGAGAGUCCCCAGACAUGAAGUGUGAUGACAUGCUCACUUGCUACAUGUUCCACAUGUACGUGGGCGUGCGUGCCGGAGGGGGCAUCGGCGACCAGAUCGAGGAUCCCGCGGGUGACGAGUACGAGAUCUACAGGAUCAUCUUUGACAUCACCUUCUUCUUCUUCGUCAUCGUCAUUCUGCUUGCCAUCAUUCAGGGUUUAAUAAUUGAUGCCUUUGGUGAACUUCGAGACCAGCAAGAGCAAGUGAAGGAGGACAUGGAGACCAAAUGCUUCAUCUGCGGUAUCGGGAAUGACUAUUUCGACACGGUCCCCCACGGCUUCGAGACUCACACGCUGCAGGAGCACAACUUGGCGAACUAUCUAUUUUUUGUGAUGUAUCUCAUCAACAAAGAUGAAACAGAGCACACGGGCCAGGAGUCUUAUGUGUGGAAGAUGUACCAGGAGCGCUGCUGGGAGUUCUUUCCAGCCGGAGACUGUUUCCGCAAACAAUACGAAGACCAGCUCAACUGAACACAGACUCCAUCCUUUCUUACAAGUGGAAGCGCAAAAAAAAGGCCAACCAUCUUUGAACUACUUCAUCGGGAAUGCUUUUCAGACUUUGUACAUAUAUUAUACACUGUAUAUCGUUCCCCUGUGUGCUUUUUGGAGCACAAAGGUUGUGUUUUGAUGACUUAACUGCUUCAUCUUUACAUUUGCUUUGAAAACACUGAAAAGCAAAAGACGAAAAA